AAAUCAUACAUGUCCGACAGUUUAACUCUACACACGCACUUACAUUGUUUAAAGGAAAAACAUUAUGUCUUACUACACCAUAAUCCUGGCUAAUAGCUUUUUAAAACUGAGAAAAAUUUUUAAAAAGGUUUUACAUGUCACUUGAAACUUUAACAUUAUCAAAGAAGGAAUGCUUCUACGGUCUUAUAAAUAUGACUAGAAAGAAACAACAAUGAAAAAGCUAAGAAAUUGUCUCAGUGGCACUUUUUUUUAACAAUCCUUCCUCCACAGUAAAGUAUUAUUAAAUAAUCCAAUGCACUCACCAAAUGGCUGAUUCACUCUGGUGUCUUCCGCCAUUAUCAGUGCAUAUUUAUGCAUGACUGAGAUAAGAGUUUUCUUAACGUUAGAAAAGCAACAGCAGCUGCUGCCAGGGCAGCAUCAACCUCAUCCAGGGAUGAGAAAGUUACAAAACCAAAUCCUCUUGAUCUUUUGCAUGCAAGACUCGUAUUACCAGUCUGGAAGCUUCUCCUAUUGUUUGUAGUACUUCCUCAAACCUUCUGUGGUUUCAAAGCUUAAGUCACCAAUAGAGAGUUUAGGGAACUGUUCCAUCACUUUGGCACGAUUUCCCACAGCUGAGUGAGGUGAGAGAUCUCUGCAGACCAACACGAGCUGGACUUGUCCUGGAACUGUAGUGAGAACUACCGCUGUUCAAGAAAAAAUGCCCAGGAGUAUCUCCACAUGAGACUGGUGUUGCUGAUAUUGCACUUCAUACUUAGAGAUUAAGAUUCACGUUGUCCCUCCCCCAACCAGUUUUUGCAUCUCUGGGACUGAGAUCCUUUCUUGAGAAUGCAUGACUGCAUAACAUGGUGAGAUUCAUCAAAACUGCUGCAACAGCUCAUUCCUUAUUGUCGAAUCACCACAACCACCUACCCCGUCAUCGUCGUCGUCAUCAUCAUCAUCUGAAAACUCUCGAUCUGCUUUGCCUAAAGUCUACUUGUGGGGACAUGGACCUUACAUAAGGGAGCUCAGUGAAGCCCUCCUUGAGAAGGCAGCCCUGAGACACUUGGGAGAAAGCAAUUCCGGCAGAGAAAGGUAAGUUCAAAGACCACAGUGGUGCAACAAACAACAUUGUGGCACUGUGGCAGAAAAAAGAAACGUAGUAGGACAUGAGGCCAGAGCUGGCAUCUGCACAGGGGUGCAUCUGUGUGUGAAUAUGAGCACUCAUUUGUGUGCGAGCACUCACACUCGUGUGGGUGCCUGGCUAUGGCCCUCUGGGCCCCAUAGGAGCAAGCCCAGAUGGCUAUGAUAAUAUACUGAGGGGGACUGCAGGUGAGGACGAUAGAGGAGAGACAUCCACUGAGGCUGCGUGGAUUCCGGUCUGAACCACAGUGGGGCUGUAGGUGCUCUAGGUGGGGAGCUAGCAACUGCUACAUGUGGGGCUAGGAUUGGAGAGGAGUUGAGCACUGGAUCAGCUUCUACCUCUGUGUGCUACUGAGGUGAACAUUUUGUCUUGGGACCCAUCCACAGAUAGCUUGCCCUGGGCUGGACCUCACAGAGCUGCUAUCUCCACAUGGGCACAAAAACAGCAGGGAAGGGCAUUCACCCUGGACUCCCUGAUGGUUGGCCAGGCUGGCCCUUCUGAGCAUCACACAAAAGUCACUACUACACAUGACUAUGGACUAGGGGCCCAGGAGGACCCAGCGAGUAAUUAGACUAAUUCCUGUCCUCUCAGGCUCCUACUACCCUCCAGGAACCAGGAAGGGAACAAAGACUGCCAGAGCUUGGGUGAACAGACUGUGUCACCAUGGAGCUUCUCUUCUGUUCCCAGCAUUCCACAGUUCUAUUAGAAGGCAAGCUCCCACAGGGCGCUAUGGCAGACUGAACCAAGAGGCUGAUGCUCUGCCGUCCAUGGGAAGAGAGACCUAUAAAACGCCACAGUCGGAGAGACAGGGAGAGUAAGGUGCAGCGAUGAAACCAAUUAUCCCAAGGAAUGAGGCAGAACACCGAGCCGCUGCCUGGGGCUCACCACGUUCCCCCGGACCCACCCGCCGGAAGUGGAAGAGCACAUUUCAAAUCUUCGGGGAAGAAGUGUGCCCCACAGAUCAGUCGAUGCACCGUGGGCCCUGCACUGUUCUCCAAGAGCCCAUCUGCUGUGAAUGCCAGAUCAAAUUUGGGGGCCGCCUGCCUGUGCCCAGAGCUGAGGCAGCACUGCCUUACUGGGUCCCUGAGUCUCUGAGACCCCAAAAGCAGAUCCAAAAGAUGAUCCGGUUUUAUAUCCCCAGAACCACCAAGGUGGGCAGGUGCCCCUGCCCAUGCCACCGCUUUGGGGGCUGCCUCCCGGUGCCUAGGAAUCAGGCGGCAAUGCCCUACUGGGUGCCGCAGGUCCUGAGGUCUCAAAAGAAGGUGGUGAAAAGGCUGCGGAGCUUUAAAGGCGUCCCAGAAACCCCGCUGGACUUGCGCCCCUGGCACAGCCGCUGGCGGGUCUGCUGUGAAAAGCACCUCCUGCUCAAGUGGCAGCAGCUCCAGGCCCUCCACCAGGAGGAGCCAGUGGGCCCCGGGCUGGGAGCCAGUGCCCCGGCCUCCCUCCUGCCCUUCGGCCUCAGCCUUCUGACCCUCCUCCAGGCCAUCCUGAAGGUCAUCACAGCCAUUCGCCAGUUGUUUUAGGUUUGACGUUGGACCUUCAGCUGCUGUCAAGAACGUCAGCAAAACUACUGGUCACAUUCGAGUCCUCCCGAGUCCUCAGGUUGGAGGAGUCUGGGAUAGCCACUGUUUCCUCAAAUGGUUUAACCCACAUCCAAGAUUCAAUCCCAGUUAUGGUCACCAGGUGACUCUGUCCUAGUAGACCUGGUGCGAAUGUGGGUAAGGUCUUUGCGACACGGGCAAUAAAUGUUAUUUGUGGAA